ACUCCACCCAUGCAGGAGUCCACCCCAUUACGCGAGGGAGACGGUGAGAGCCAAGAAGAAGGUGAGAAGGAGAAAGUGGAGGAGGAGGAGGAGAAAGAAGAGGAGAGUGAGAAAGUAGAAGGAACUGUUGAAGACAAAAAAGAGGAAACCAACGAAGAAGAAUUAAAAGAAGAGUCAAGUACUGUCGAUCAAGAACCAGCUAAACCGGAAGAGGUUUCAUCCACUUCAACGGAACCAGUCACGGUCUCGCCGUUAACCGAUCCUCCAGAGACCCCAACGGAGCCACAGACCCCAUCAAUGGAUGAGAACUCUGCCCAGCCCCUCCCAUCUGAGCCUGUGAUAUUUGUGAGCGGUGAAGGUAAUGGUGUGGGUGAAGGUGAUAGAGGUGUGGGUGAUGGUUGUGAGCGAAGUGAGAGCACAGCAGGAGAGGAGGAGGAGGACAGGAAGUACGAGGGACAGUCAGCAUCUCCUGUGGAUGUACAUGUAAAACCAAAACCAAAAAGGGACAAUGCUUCUCCUACCCCAUCUGAUUCAUCAGAGAAUAGUGAAGCAUCCAGUAAACAGUUAGCACCCGAAUGUAGACUGGGAGAGAAAGUGAUGGUUGAAGUUGCCAACGGUUUCAAAAUGGGAACCGUCAAAUUCAUUGGUGACACUGAAUUUGCUCCCGGCGAGUGGAUAGGUGUGGCCUUAGACCGUCCACAAGGUAAAAACAAUGGCAGCGUUAAAGGUGUGACAUAUUUCAAGUGUAAGGAUAAACACGGUGUGUUUGUACGAAGAGACAAGAUAAUCCAUGAGCCCUCGUCCUCCCUCUCUGCCUCCCCCUCCCCUUCCACUCGUUCACCAAAGAACCUAGCAAGCGCUGCUUCCCCCACAAACCCAAAAAGACGAGCGUCUCCCAAUUUAACGAAGUCGUCGAUUCGCAGAAGCGCGAGCAAUCGAAAAUGAUUGACAUUUCUCAUCUUUGUCCAUCGUCUGUUUGUAUCAUAAUUUAUUAUUAUGAUUAUUAUUAUUGUUCUGUUUUGCUGUUCUGUUGCUGUCUUAUAUUGUUUCUCAUUGGCUCUCUUGUAUCAUGUGAUAGUCGUAUGACUUGCUCCCCUGGUCAUGUGACUGCAUGUGAUGUAAGUGGCUGUUUUUUGAUUGCAA